GUCUCCGUCUCCUCUUCUUCUCCGGCCAGCAGCAGCCGUCCAUCGUCUCGCCCUCUCUUCUUCUCGUCUGGAAGUUCCUUCUCUCUUCUCCGGCCAACUGACUGCCGUCCCAGACGCCGGCGACCGGAGUUCUCCCAUUUAAAGUAAGCACUUAGAAGUUUUUUUAGAAAAAAAUUAAUUUUCAGAUCUAGUGAGAUCCAACAGUCGGAACGUUUUGGUUUUUGGGCAUGUGGGUCACAAGACCAAGGAGAUUCCGAUGGUCGGUUCCGACCGCCGGAAUCUGCCAUGGAUGGCGGCCGGAGACCGGCGACAGAAACGGCCAAAUAUUUUCCUAAAAAUGAACUUCCAGAUCCGGUAAGAUUCAGCCGUCGGAUCGUGUUGAUUUUUGAGUAUGUGGGUCACAAGACCAAGGCGAUUCCGAUGGUCGGUUCCGAUCGUCGAAACCUGCCAUGGACGGUGGCCGGCGACCGGCGACAGGACGGCCAGCUUUUUUCGCGAUUCCAUACAUUGGAAGAAAACCCAUCUGCGGGUAGUGGAGGGGAAAUGGUACAGAAUUCUAAUGAAGAACAAUUACUUAUUAGUGAAGGAAAUUCGGAUAUGGAACCCUAUCUGGGUAUGCAAUUUGAAUCUGAAGAGGCCGCAAAAGUAUUCUACGAUGCAUAUGCUACACGCUUAGGCUUCAUUAUGCGAGUUGAUGCCUUCCGACGAUCAAUGCGUGAUGGGAAGGUUGUGUGGCGUCGAUUGGUGUGUAAUAAAGAAGGUUUUCGUAAAUGUAGACCCCGUAGAAGUGAAGGCAGGAAACCCAGAGCAGUCACCAGGGAGGGUUGUAAGGCAAUGAUUGUAGUAAAGAAAGAGAAGACAGGAAAAUGGGUUGUUACAAGAUUCGUCAAGGAGCAUAGUCAUCCACUGGUUGUGGCACCAGCGAACAGCCGCCGUAGCGUGCUCCUAUCGCAGACACCGAUGAAUUCUGUAAAGAAAGCACAAUCCAUGGCUCCUCUUCACUGCCAUCUCAUAAUUAUGUGAAACCUCUAUACACGUCAUUUAUUUAGGAUGAGAAAGAUGUAAAAAUUCGGGAAUUGACAGCAGAGUUGCACCGGGAGCGCAAGAAAUCUGCAGCUCUCCAAGAACAGCUUGAUACGGUUUUGAAAGAAAUGGAGGAUCACUCCAAUCUCCUAUCAAGGAACAUUGAUG